AGAUGGAACUUGUUGCACAAGCCCUCACUCUGUGACACCUCUGCUGAUGCGGAUCAUUCUGUGCCCCACGGUUGGCCAGUGAAUCACCAGGUGUGGCCUUCCUGGAAUCCGUCCUGUGUGUCUCUCCUUGUUCGCCAUACGGCAACAUAAAGGAAACUCGCUCCAGCCUGCGGAAGGGAGCGCCACGUAGAGCACCUCGUCUCAAGAGCUCAGCGCUCCUUGGAGGUGGUUGCCCUGCGUGGCCCAUGUGCGCAGCCCCUGAAUUGCUGGCAUUCCUGCGGCCUCCCUGGACCCUGCUUAAUCUCAGCCAGCCUCCAAAGGCUCCCAGUGAGUUCCUGAGCCUCGUCCUCUCUUGUGCCUGAUAACUUCGUCAUUGCUUGGAUUCCAGCAAGUCUACUUUGCAUAGUUUAGCUAUCAAGCAAACCAUAGCAAGAUAAAGGCCAUGGCUCAGAGGCCUCCCAGAGUUGCUGACAAAGUGAUCCACCGGCAAUGCGUACGACUGGGACGGACGAUCAAGCUCCUUUGCCCCGUGGAAGGCGACCCCCCGCCUCUCACCAUGUGGACGAAGGAUGGGCGGACCAUCCACAGCGGGUGGACGAGGUUCCGCGUCCUGCAGCAGGGGCUGAGGAUCAAGGAAGUGGAGAGUGAGGACGCAGGAUCGUACGUCUGCAAGGCCACCAACGGCUUUGGGAGCACGAAUGUGAACUAUACCCUCAUCGUGAUGGAUGAUGCCAGCUCAGGAAGGGAAAGUUUAGCACCUGAAGGUCCAAACAGUGACUCUGAGGAUCACUCUGGAAAGCUGUGGGCUCGGCCUCGGUUCACGCAGCCCGCCAAGAUGAGGCGGAGAGUGAUCGCCCGACCCGUGGGGAGCUCCGUCCGCCUGAAGUGCGUGGCAAGUGGGAAUCCUCGGCCCGACAUCAGCUGGCUGAAGGACAACAAGCCUCUCACCCCGCAGGAGAUUGGCGAGAACAAGAGGAAGAGGUGGACGCUGAACCUGAAGAACCUGAAGCCUGAGGACAGUGGGAGAUACACCUGCCGGGUCUUCAACCGGAUUGGGGAGAUCAACGCCACCUAUAAGGUCGAAGUGAUCCAGAGAACGAGGUCCAAGCCCGUGCUGACGGGAACGCACCCCGUGAACACGACGGUGGACUACGGCGGGACGACCUCGUUCCAGUGCAAAGUGCGGAGCGACGUCAAGCCCGUCAUCCAGUGGCUGAAGCGGGUGGAGUACGGCACAGAGAGCAAGUACAACUCCACCAUCGACGUGGGGGGGCAGAAGUUCGUGGUGCUGCCCACCGGGGAGGUCUGGUCCCGCCCGGAUGGCUCCUACCUGAACAAGCUCAUGAUUGCACGGGCCAAGGAGGAGGACGCCGGGAUGUACAUCUGCCUGGGAGCCAACACCAUGGGCUACAGCUUCCGCAGCGCCUUCCUCACGGUGCUGCCCGGUCCCAAGCCGCCGAGUCCGCCGCUGGGCCCCUCCGCCGCGAGCAGCCUGCCGUGGCCCGUGAUCAUCGGCAUCCCCGCCGGAGCUGUCUUCAUCUUCGGGACGGUCCUCCUGUGGCUGUGCCAGAGCAAGAGGAAGCCCUGCUCGCCCCCAGCGGCGGUCCCCGUGCACCGGGGCCACCCGCGGGGGCGGGCCUGCGUGGCCCAGGCGCCCGACAAGGACUGCCUCUCCUCCGCGAAGUGCGAGGAGUACAUGGUGGCGCAGCGGCACCUGCCCAGCCCGGGGCCCGCCCUGGCCCCUGGCGUGGCUCCCAGACCGUGCCCAAAGAUGUGCCCGGACACCCACACCCACACCCACACGCACUCGCACAUGGAGGGCAAAGUGCACCAGCACCAGCACGUCCACUGCCCCUGCUGAGGUGGCCACCCUGCGGACCGCGCGGCGCCAGGCGGGCAGUGGGAGCCGCCAAGGGGUCGGGCGGGCGCCGGGCAGGGGGUGCGGCUCGCGGCGCAGAGCAGUGCCGGAGCGCCCGAGGCAAGCCGGCCGCACCAGACCCCAGCCUGGCAGGCAGGCAGGAGGAGGAAGACGGCGAGGCCGCCGGCCCGGCACCUCCCGGUUGGCUCUGCUCCUGCUCCCGGGGCACUGCGGGAACGGGGCCGCCUGGCCACCCCCUGUGGGACCCGCACGGAGCCCUUCAGGGCGCGAAAGCAAGAGAGCAACAGGUCGAGGCUGACUGGGCACUGCAGCGCUUGAGGCCCUGGAGGAGGCGGAGGAGGGGGAGGAGGAGGCCGCCACCGCCACCACCACCACCGCCGCCUAGGUGGCUUCUGGGAGGAAAUGUCUAUGUUUGCCUAAAGUUGUGAAAUGGCGGGGAGCAAGAGGCCGGCCCGCCCCCGGUUGUGGGAGGGGCAUUGCUGCCGGCCCCCAAGGGUGUCUCCCCACCCACCGCGCUGACGCACGAACGAAGGAUGCUGUACAGCUCACUUGUUAUAUUUAUAUUUAAUGAUGAUGAUGAUGAUGAUGAUGAUGAUGAUGAUGUUGAUUGAUGAUGAUUGAACUCCUGAAUUUUUAAAAGCAAACCUGCUCUGCUUCCUUUAAUAGCUGCCACCAGAUAGUCAUGGUUUAUACUGAACUGAUAAAAGACAACACAAAGCAAGAUUAAGAAGUGUUUGUAAGAGGGACUGCAUAAAUUAUUAUCUCCAGGGAAUAUUGAACUUUCCAAAUAUGCACUUCUGAACUGGGGUGGGGGGGUUGGGGUGGGAAAGGGGGAUUGUUUUGCUAAUUAAUUCAUGCAAUCUCAGUCCAGUUAAGGGAGGAUUAGCAAAAUUGGACCAUAUUAAAUAUACAAGUGGACUAGAAAUAAAUUCAAAGAGCUAAACCUUUUAAAUUCUAUAUAGAGUUUAAACAGAAGACAUGUAUAUUUAAUUUAUUUUAUUAAAACAAAAAGUAAAAUAAAUGUGUAUGAUACUUUCCUCAAAA